AGGGGAAAGUUCGCUCAAGUGAGACGUUGUGUCCAUAAGGAGACCAAUAAGACAUAUGCGGCGAAGACAAUCAAGAAGAGACGGCGAGCCAAUGACGUGAGCCAUGAGAUACUUCAUGAGAUCCGAGUACUUCUGACGGCCAGCCAAAGCGAGCGAAUCGUCAAACUCCAUGAAGUCUAUGAGACGGCCACUGAAUUCGUGUUGAUGUUGGAAAUGGCAGAGGGCGGCGAAUUGCAACGGGUUCUCGACGAGGAUGACUCACUGCCCGAACACCACUGCAGGUGUAUUGUGCGCCAGAUUGUCGAAGGGGUCCAGUUCUUGCACCGCUCCAACAUCGCCCACCUCGACAUCAAGGCUAACGUCAAACUCUGUGAUUUCGGAAUUUCCAGAAUUCUCACCAAAGGCGCCGAACUCCGGGAAAUCGUAGGCACUCCUGAUUAUGUCGCGCCCGAAAUACUACAAUACGAGCCAAUCAGUCUGGCCACCGAUAUGUGGAGCCUCGGUGUACUGACAUAUGUGCUGCUGUCGGGCCACUCGCCCUUCACGGGAGAGACCAAACAGGAGACGUUUUGUAAUAUAACUAACGGUUCACUAGACUUCCCGUCCUAUCUAUUCGGUGACGUCUCCGAAGAGGCCAAGGAUUUCAUUUGUAAACUACUUGUGAGAGAUCCCAAGUAUGCACUCUAUAUUAUACACUAUAUUAUACACUAUAUUAUAUUCACAAUAUUUGUGCCAAUUAUUAAAACCUUAUUCUUGACGCAGGGGUCGAUUCAGUUGUCAGGACUGUUUGAAACACGAGUGGUUGGCCACAGAAAGCAAUGGUCCACUUAA